ACCCAGCAAACAGUGGGUUUGCGCCGGGCAGUGUCAGCAACACAGCCGGCAACUGUGUCAGCUGUAGGCAUACCAAGCUCUGUGAGCAAGGAGAGUAAAGUGCUGGACAAGAGGAGACUACAGGAACUUGUUAAAGAGGUUGAUCCUCUAGAACAGCUCGAUGAAGAUGUUGAAGAGGUGCUUAUGCAAAUUGCAGAUGAUUUUUAUUGAAAGUGUGGUGAACAUCAUCUUUGUAAAAUUGCCAAACAUAGAAAAUCAAAUACCUUAGAUGUCAAAGAUGUUCAAUUACAUUUAGGUAUGUGGGUACCAGGUUUUGGCACAGAUGAGCUCCGGCCUUACAAGAGGGCAGCAACGACAGAAGCGCAUAAACAGAGAAUGGCUUUAAUCAGGAAGACAUUGAAGAAAAGCUGAUGUUUGUAUCCAUGUUGACAUUGUGUACAGAUAUUUCUAUAUGGUUAACAUUUUGUACAUAUAUUUUGAAAACAUGACAAGAGUGUAAUAAAUCAUAAUACUACACAGUUUGGAGAUAUUACCACAUAGACGAGAUAUGUCGAGACGCUUCUGAAAUUAUUAAGAAGUAUCUGAAUAACUAAUUUUGAAGUACCAAGCUACAAAUCACGCUUUCAAAAAUUAUAUCUAUGUCCAUUUUGCUAUGCUCAUAGACAUAUGUGUAUUAUUUUUAGAAAUAUGUUCAACUGUGUUAGGUUAUGAAACUUAUUUACCAUUAUAUGGUAUAUUUAUGAUAUUGUCUGAUAACAUAUAACCAUGCUCAUAUCUAAGGAUAUAGUACUUUCCAGUGCUUGAAUUUGUUAUUAUAUGUAACAAAUACACAUGAAAUAUAGGGAAUAAUCUUGGAACUAUAUAUAGAUGUUAACAUUGUCGACCUGCCUGUAGUAGUUUCUGGAAUAUGGCAUAAUAAUGUUUUACAAAGUGUCGGCAAUCAAAACAAUUCUCAUCAUUGAAAUUAUAUAAAAAAGUAACAAGGAUUUUUCAUUUAUUGUUUUGCUACAUGUUCAUUCUUUAAAAAGAAACAUUCAUGGACAUUUCCAUUGAAAUUAUCAUUUUUCCUCGUUCUUUUCAUGUGAAAAAAAAAUAACCAUGAUCUGUGUUUUGUAAUGACUGUUUCAAUUCAUGUGUGACUGAGAAAAACAUGAUGCAUGUUACAUGUACAAGAGACUUUUCUAAAAGUGUACCAAAUUAUAAUACAUCUGUAUCAUCAUUUACAUCAUCAUUAAAUUCAAAUUGUAUUUUUAAGUUUGAAGCAUUUGUGUUCAGAAAUAUUAUAAACAAAAUGCGUGUGACUUAUAAAAGUGAAUGUAU